AAUUAUUCACUGGCGUUGCCUACAUUGGAAAUCAUAUAUAAAUCAUGCACAGACUUAUGACAAACUCUGUAAACGAAUUACCAAUAACAAUCCAAACACUAUAGGAGCAUUUGGUGAUGGAAG